CGCGCGGAAUGCCUUUUGGGGAACUAACCAUCUGGAGUACGAUCACUUUCAUCGCUUAGCUUCCGACCACCACUAUCCGUUAAUGGAUUUAAAUACUGCACCAACUAUGGGCUCCCCUCUCUGUCGUCUUCGUUCGAUAUGUUUUCUGACAGCCCGGAAUAUCUUCGACGUGCUAAUACCCCCUUUGUCCCACCAAAGAUAACCAUAGCCGAACUACAUGCUGCUAUCCCACACCACCUCUUCCGAAAAUCGACGACAAAAGGAUUGGCCUACGUUCUACAGGACGUUUUUUGUGCAUAUCUUUUAUAUCGCUUGACGCCAUACAUCCCUCUUACUCCUGCUGUCCUCCGUUUCCCCCUCUGGGGAGCGUACUGGUGGUGCCAAGGAAUCGUGCUCGCUGGUUGGUGGUGUCUCGCACAUGAGGCAGGGCACGGUACCAUAUCACAGUACUCGUGGGUAAACCAUGUCGUUGGCUAUAUCCUUCACACCGCCAUAUUAGCACCUUACUAUGCCUGGAGGGAGACACAUCGGAAGCACCACAAGGCCACCAUGAGCGUCGAACGGGAUGAGAACUUCGUUCCACGAACGCGUUCGGAGUACGGCCUUUGGGAUGAAAGAGAGGACGAGAGGCUGGGUCUGCUGAGCGAUGACGAGGGGCUUCCCGGACGCCGGAAAGGCUUGGAUCCGCACGACGUGUUUGAAGACGCGCCGCUGUACGUCCUCUCGCGCAUGCUCAUCAUGCAGGCCAUUGGAUGGCAAUUAUAUCUCUUGACCGAUGUGAUGGGAAACCCGCGAUAUCCCCAGGGAACGAAUCAUUUCUCACCGUCUUCGGCUCUCUUUAAACCACAUCACCGGCGACAAAUCAUCACUUCCAACAUCGGGUUGUGCAUCGUCCUUGCUCUCCUUUUGUGGUGGGCUAGUCAGACUAGCAUAGCUCAUGUAGGGCGGGUGUAUGGCGUUCCAUACAUCCUUGCCAAUCAUUGGAUCGUCAUGCUCACUUACCUCCACCACUCCGACCCAACAAUGCCGCAUUAUCGUUCUCAGACAUGGACCUUUGUACGUGGUGCUCUCGCUACCGUUGAUCGACCACUUCUCGGAUGGGUAGGAAGGGUGUUUUUGCACAAUGUCAGCCAUGACCAUGUCGCACAUCAUCUUUUCUCUUCGAUACCGUUCUACAACCAGCCAGAAGUGACGAAAAUUAUUCGACCACUGCUGGGAGAUGUGUAUAAUUACGAUACUACUAACUCAUUUCGAGCACUCUAUCGCACGUUCACACAGUGUUGCUUCAUUGAGGAUGAUGGCGACAUUGUGUUUUACAAAAAUCGAGAUGGAAAGGCAGCGAGGGUUUUGGCCGGCGAAGAAGUCCGGCCUUCGAAAGUCAUCGUAUAAGGACGAUGCGCUCAUCCGCUAUCGAUUUGUUUAAUAAUCUAUGAAAUUCACUAUACCAUGUCCUAUUAUUGACGUUAAUCCAUCUCUUUCUCGAUAUCUAAUCGCAGUACUCUGUAAUUUCCAAGAUCCGAGCUUGGUCUAUAAUUAUUUAACAUUAGCAGUGGCAUUCUAGGAUUCUAAAAAGAUCUCGGUGUUUCGACUGCAGACAAGAUUCUAAUUUGCCGCAGCCCCUAUGAC